UGUUUCAAUCUCAUGGGUAUAUCAAUUUCAAUUGGAAAAUGUGAAAUGCUUCUCACUGGUCAUGACAUUCUUGUAAUUUGAGAGGGAAAAACCAAGUCUUUCUUCCAUUUAGUCCUUCACUCAAUCAGUCUUAACUCUAAGAGAUUCUAAAUCUAAAUCUAAAAUAGAAAAAGAAAAAAAAAUGAAGAUUCAACUCUCAUAACUUUUGAGUCUUCAGUCACCAUGUCACCUACCCCUCUUAUUGAAUAUACUUGCAUUUCUUUCUUGGUCAACCCCUUUCAGGUUUUGCCUUUCUUGCUCUCUCAGACAUUUAUACAAACACAUACCGGAAAACUAAGGAAAGAAAGAGAUAUACUUUGAUCUGCCAUGUCUGAAAUUGUUACUGAAGCUUGGAAGAAGUACCUUUUGCAACUACAACUAAACCCACUUAGAACAAAGGCUAUUACUGCUGGAGUUCUUGCUGGAUGCAGUGAUUUUGCUGCCCAGAAAAUUUCUGGGGUCAAAAAGUUUCAAUUUAGGAGACUAUUCCUCCUUAUGUUAUAUGGGUUCUUCUAUUCUGGACCAGUUGGGCAUUUUUUGCACAAAAUGAUGGACAAGAUUUUUAAAGGAAAGAAGGGAAAUACAACAGUAGGAAAGAAGGUUUUACUGGAACAAUUGACAGCUAGUCCAUGGAACAACUUGUGUUUCAUGAUGUAUUAUGGUCUUGUGGUUGAAGGAAGAUCAUGGUCACUGGUAAAGAACAAGGUCAAAAAAGAUUAUCCUACUGUACAAUCUACCUCUUGGAAGUUUUGGCCGAUUGUAAACUGGGUGAACUAUCAGUAUAUGCCUUUGCAACUUCGUGUUCUAUUUCACAGCCUCAUUGCCUCUUGCUGGGCAAUCUUCCUUAACCUCAAAGCAAGAUCUACCGCGAUCAAGAAAGCCUAGCUUGAGACAUAAAGCGGUAUAUCAUCUUCGCGUUGAUGAGUUUCUAACUGUUGGAAAUCAAUUGCCUGAUAACAGCUUGAGGAGUUGUAAAUUCAUCUAUCAUAUUGAAGAUAUAUGUAGUUGUAUUAUUGAGAAUGAUAGUAGAUUGUUUGUAAGCCUAUCUCCAAAACCCAAACCAUUGCCCUGUUUUCAUGGGACUUUUGAGCUUUUUUUAGACAAUGUGGGGACUGUAAUAAGAAAUUGUUGAUCAUUACUUUUUUGAGAUGAAAGUAGGUUGAAAAUCGGGUUUUAUUUUAGUUGGAGUAAGUAUCCCUUUUCUCAUGUCUCGGGUUCGAUUUUCGUCUGGUUCUAGCAUUUCUUUAGUAUACCAUGUAAUCAAAAAAAAAGAAAUGGAAGUAGGUUGGGAAAUGUAGAUAGUCCAGGCUCGGGUUCACCCAAAGCAUGGCGCGACAAAACACGAGAACCAAAAACAUUGGUCGGGGUGGUUUUCGGAUACAAAAAGGGGAAAUAGCAUGACACGACCCAUGGCAUGAGAGC